AUGGGAGAGUUAUCAGGAAAUGGAAGAGUCUUACCAUUUAUAUAUGAUCAUAUUCAAAAACGAUUAGUUGCAAAUCAAAGUUAUUGGAAGGCUCUUGAUGAAAAAGUUUAUGGAUUUUAUAAUUCGAAUCCUAUUGAGGAUGAAGAACCUGUUAUAGAGUUGGUGGUUGAAAAAUCAUUGGUUGACGAAUCGGUGACUGAAAAAUCAUUAGUUGUAGAAACGGUGGUUGAAGAUUCCUUUGUUGAUGAGCUUAUUCAUGAAGGUAAUAUAUUAAAGUCAUUAUUGGAUGAUAAAGACAAAGACUACCUCAAUGUUCAUUAUGUUAAUUCUAAACUUUUAGCGGAUGAAGUAGAAGGUUGUGGAGCUAAACAUCAAUUGUAUGAGACAAAAUUACUCAUAAAUCUAGCUUUUUUUAUUUUCAUUCAACAACAAAUAAACAAAACUCAGAUGGGCAGAUACUCUAAGAUUUUAUCUUUAAUUCUUUUUCUUUUCAUCAAUAACACCAAUUACACAAUCAAAGUAGUCCAAGGAGAUGAAGAUUUUAUCAAAAAAACAUGUAAUAACACUCAAUACAUUGAUCUAUGCAUCUCUUCCUUGAAAUCAAACCCUUCGAGCUCGAAUUUGGAUCUCAAAGGGCUAGCAACUAUUAUGGUAAAUAUUGGAAUUGCCAAUGCAUCGGAUACUUAUGCUUAUUUAUCAUCCCAAAAUUCACAAGUGCCUAAAAGUAAUGGUACAAGUGAUACUACUAUGAAGAAUGUAUACAAGUUGUGUGCUUCUAAGUAUAGUUAUGCAAAUGAUUCUCUCAAGUCUACACUCCAAGAUUUGUCCAUGGAAAAUUAUGAUUAUGCUUCUAUGCAUGUUAUGGCGGCCUCCGAUUACUCGAAUGCUUGCCACAAUGCAUUCAAAAGGUACCGCGAUAUGGAUUAUCCGACGGUGCUUAAGGUUAGAGAAGAUGGAUUUAACCAUAUUUGUGCUGUGGUUUUGGGUAUUGUUGAUCAACUUUAUUCCAUUGAUAACCGUUUUUAGUGUGUAAUUUGUAGUACUUAUAAUGUUUAAUGAACGUUUACAUUAUUCCUAAAUGGUAAUGUAUGACAUUAUUGAUUAUAUUUCUUCUUGUUCAUCAAUUAAAUAUGUCAAGAUCUCAUGUAAAAAAAAAUGAAGUGUUAAGGUAAAAUUUAUUGGCUAAUCUAGUUUGCAACAUAGUUGAUUACUAGCUCUUUAGGCACACGAUCUGCUAAGUGACAUAUAAUUUCUUACCCUUUUGUAU